UAAUUUGCACACACGCGGUUGCAGAGUAAAGAACAGAAGAUGGCACAAACGCUGGCAAUGCCUGUGGCACCUUCACUUGCUGUCAUCUCCAAUCCCUCCCUCUCCAAUAGAGUCUCCUUUCAUGUUCCGAACCAUCCCAAUCCCAAGGUUAAUGGGUUAAGCAUCCGUUGUGUUCGUGUUGGAGGUGUUGAGAUUCCAAACAACAAGCGAAUUGAGUACUCACUGCAAUAUAUUCAUGGAGUUGGGAGGACCAGAGCUCGCCAGAUCCUGUGUGAUAUUAAGAUGGACAACAAAAUCACCAAGGAAUUGAGUGAGGAGGAGCUCGUUACUCUCAGGGAUGAAGUCUCCAAAUACAUGGUUGAAGGAGAUUUGAGACGGUUUAAUGCACUUAAUAUAAGGAGACUGAAGGAGAUUCAAUGCUAUAGAGGAAUAAGGCAUAUUCAAGGGCUUCCUUGCAGGGGACAGCGUACCAAGAACAAUUGCAGGACCUUGAAGGGUAAGAAGGUUGCCAUUGCUGGCAAGAAGAAAAAGUAAACUUUUCCUUUUGAGUGAUUAAUGAAUUUUUACGUUCGUUUGUUAUCGAUUGUGUAAAAUUCAACGUGUACUACAAUUCGAUUGUAUUUUAUUAAAUCAGUUGUAAUUUCUCUCUUUUCGAAGUUCAACUCAAGUUUCUUAGCA